CUCCCCACACCCCCCGCCCCUGCCGCCGCGGCCGCGAGGGUGAGGCGGCCCGGGCGCGCGUGCGCAGCUGCGGCCGUUGGUGGCGGGGCUGAGGCGGGCCGGGGCGGCCGGGGCUUGUCCGCUUCGCUGCCGGGCCGGGCGCCUCUGCCGGUCAGCGCCGACCCCGGACAGGGGAGGAGAAGGGGGUGUGUGUGUGGGGGGGGGGCCUCGCCGCUCCCGAAAUGUCGCAGACUGCCAUGUCCGAGACCUACGAUUUCCUGUUUAAGUUCUUGGUCAUAGGAAAUGCUGGAACUGGAAAAUCCUGCUUACUACACCAAUUUAUUGAAAAGAAAUUCAAGGAUGACUCAAAUCAUACUAUAGGAGUGGAAUUUGGUUCAAAGAUCAUAAAUGUUGGUGGUAAAUACGUAAAAUUGCAGAUAUGGGAUACAGCAGGACAAGAGAGAUUCAGGUCUGUUACAAGGAGUUACUAUAGAGGAGCUGCAGGUGCUUUGCUUGUCUAUGAUAUAACCAGCCGGGAAACCUACAAUGCACUUACUAAUUGGUUGACGGAUGCAAGAAUGUUAGCAAGUCAAAAUAUUGUGAUAAUACUGUGUGGAAACAAAAAGGAUCUUGAUGCAGAUCGUGAAGUAACUUUUUUAGAAGCAUCCCGGUUUGCACAAGAAAAUGAGCUGAUGUUCUUGGAAACAAGUGCACUAACGGGGGAAAAUGUUGAAGAGGCCUUUGUACAGUGUGCAAGAAAAAUACUCAACAAAAUCGAAUCAGGAGAAUUGGAUCCAGAAAGAAUGGGCUCAGGUAUUCAGUAUGGAGACGCUGCCCUGAGACAGCUGCGAUCACCACAUAGAGCACAAGCACAAAGUGCUCAAGAAUGUGGGUGUUAAAGAAACGAAACACAAAAUCCCAAAUACUGACUUUAGAUACAGAAGCUGUCCUUGCAAAUGGUGUUUGAAGAAACAGAAAAGCUUAAAGGCUAUGCAGUUUUUAAAAACAUCUUUCCACUGUCUACAACCAGAGCAGAGCACUGCUGACAGAAAGGUGUACCGUGUGGUGUGGGGCAGGAAUGUUCACGUGACACAAGUCUGCAAAGCGAACUUGAUAAUUCAGUGGACAAUAUUAAGACUCAUACCUGUAUGUAAACAUUUUCCUAUUUUUUGUUCUUUCACUUCUAGUUUAAAGCAUUGCUAUAUACUGUAAAUAAUGUAACAGUAAAUUUACAAAGCAUGGUAUACUUACGUAUGCUGAUAGAAUGUUGCACUACAAGCAGUUUACUUUUAUUUUUUUAUCAUAUAAAAUUUAACUGAGGUAGGCUUUGUCAUGUUUGUUUGAGCACAAUAGUUUAUAUUUAUGUCCUGAAUUAUAAAACCACUGGCACUGUCAGUGAGGGGUGGUUGUUUAAUUUUUUCCUACUUAGUUUGCCAUGUUCUAACGAGCUGUUGACAUGACUGAUUCUCAGCAUAUGGUUAGGACCCAUAUGCAUGUUUACUAAUAUGUCAAGUUGGAAGAGUGAUUUUUACUGAUGGUCACAUAUCCUAUUUUAUCACAGUUCUUAAAUAACUUCUGAAGCUCUUUUAUCAAACUUCAAAAGUUUAGAAAAAAGGGUGCUCUCUCAAAUGGCUGUUGACUGACCCGAAUUUUUCUCUUGGUCCUGAUGUUUUGUAUAGCACUGGCAUCAUGAAGGCGGAAUGUAUACGUGAACAGAACUGUGCAUCUUCUGUGUGUGCUGCAGUCCUAGGGCAGGGGUGUGGGCUUGUGGAGAAUUCUCACAGUAGGAGUUCUCCUAACCUUUUAUCACAAACAGAGCAAUCAGCUGUGGCGAUACAAAUGGAACCCAAAUGGGUUUUUCUGAAGUAUCCCGAACAUAUGACAUUUAAAAUACUAAUUUCUUUUUCUUAGGCAUUCAUAAAGUACAAUUAAGAACUUAAAUUUUAAAAUUAGACUUUAAAGGUGGGAACUUCCAGUCUGUCUUGCUGGAGCCCUACCUUUGAGCUUCAUGUGAGUGCACUGUAUGUAAUGGUGUCCACAUUACCCCAGGAGACUUGUGAUGAGAGGAAAAAAAAACAAGUGCACUGCUUCCAGUGAAACUCAUCAAGGGCAAUUUCAGCCUUGGUACUAAUUUUUUCUCUAUGUUAAAACCCACAAUUCAGACGUUCUUUCCUGCCCUCUUGGUAUUGUGGGGAAGAGGCAUGGGGAAAGAGAUUAGGAAUCCUGCCCUCAUUCCUCAGCUGGAGACAGAAGAGACUUGUAGAGGGUCCAAGAGGGAGGACUGAACCACGGGUGUUGCAUAUCACUUUCACAGUGCCAGGAUGACUGGUCAGGUAAGAGACCUGUGGCUUUCGUUCUGCCAGAUGAGGAGCUGCAGAACCAACCUAGUUGUUUCUGGAGGCAGCUGAAUUCAAUCAAUUGAGGGGGCAAUUUCACUUGCACUGAUGGAAAUCAAUAGUGAUGUUUUGACUUGUGUAACUAGAAACAGGAUAUCUCAUUGGAAUUGCAAAUUAACACAAAAUAGCUGAUCAGAUUAGAGCCCAGUAUUGAAAUUCCAAGGUCAUACAUGCUUUAUUUUCUAUAUGUUACUCUUUCCUAUUUAAGGGUCACUUGUCAAAUGCCUUUUAAAAACUAAACCAGAAAACUGAACUGAUGCUGUAAUUCAGAGAGCAGUUAAAGCACAAGAGCAAAGCAAGAAUGCUAUGCAUAAGUAUACCAUCUUUCAUGGAAUUGGAAUUGUGUUUAAAACUAUUCCCUUUGCCCUGACAUUUUUAGUUAAAAUGGAUCUUCCUCUGAAAGUUAUACGCAUUAGGUCAUCUCUGAAUUAAAAAGAAUUGUUUGCUUUGUACUUGUAAAGCCUAGGUUUAGUGUUAAAAAGGCUGUUGGGUCCAAAGACUUCCAUGUUACAUCUCUCUCCGUGUAUCUUGUUAUAUUUAGGACUGGAUUUGUUACAAAGCUGAUAACAAUUACUCCCAAGGUAUAUUCUCUUCCUGGUAAGAGUGUAAAGUAUUUUUUAAGCAGCUUAACUGUGCAUUUACCAGAACAGCAAAGAGCUCCAAAGAAACUUACCUGUCUUAAUCCUCACUCACUCUAUUUUGGCUUCUGCUAUUCAGAACUGGAAGUAAUUACCUGGGAGGUAAAUGUUGGAUGUCGUUGUCUCCUCCACCAAUCCACAUGGCAUAUUAUUAACUGACAUCUUGUGUUUCUGCCAGAGUUGGGCAGGGGAGAGCAUUGGUUCCAAAACCCCAGACCAGUUCUGGAAUGCUAGGAAAAGAUGAGAUUUUGAGUCUGUUACCUUACCACAGUCUAAUCAGGUUUCUUUGCACACUGACAAAAGUGAAAGCUGAGCACUUAUUUAUUUAUCAGCUGGACAUAGCACAAGUAGAUCUAAAAGUCUCUCUCCUGUUACUGUUACAAUGGUUGAACUGGCACUGGCUGUUGAUCAAAACUAAUUUCUGUUAUUACCGUAGCAGUUGAAGGAAUGGGACACUGUUACCAAUUCUGUUGCUUUUAAAUAGAAACUUUAGGGGUUUGGCAGGGAUUUUCUUAUACCUCUUCCUGUCCUUUUCCCUUUACAAGGUUGGCCACUUUUGUGCACUUGGUUCUUACGAUCAUUUUGGUCAAGUGUCUUGUGGCUAAGAAGCAGUAAGCACAGUUUUAUUCUUUCUGUAACCAACUGUCUUAAGCUGUCCCCUUCCCACCUGGAAGGAAAGAAUAGUGUCAUUGUAGUAAGUUUUUACAUAUUUUAACUUUUUUUUAAUGCAUACUCUUACUGUAUAUACAUUAAUCAGGUUAAUGUGCAUGUUUUGUAGUAUCACAACCUUUUAUGCUGCAUCUCACUGGCAUUUUAAAAGGAAACUUUCUAAAAUAACUCCUGAGGGGAAUACUGUUAGAAGCAAUAGCUCUCACCAGUGCAAGCUAUAUUGCUCACUGCUUCUCAGCUGAGGGUUUUUCAUUUCUGAAAAUAACCAUCAGACCAAUAACAGCCCUAGAGUAGAUUUUAAGCUUUAGCAUUAUAGUUCACACGGCUCACUUAAAGAAUAAAUGAUAAAGAGGUUAUGUUUUUAGUGUAAAAUUCUUACUUCACCAAAGCAAGAUGGCUUAGAGUUUUAUAUGAACUAAUACUGGGUACCUGUAUCCUAGGAGUUACAGGAUAUGGAGCACCAGCUGUUCAGACCUUUAAAAGAUUUAAAUGUCUUGUUAAAGCCCAUGUCUUGCCUUUUAAUGAGUCUGUUUGUUGGCCUACACUAUUUCAUUUAAUGCUUGUAUCUAGCACCAAAUAAUAAAAAUCUUUCUUGAUUUUUC